UCUAGCGCUGCCUUUUUGAUCUCCACGUGGGCAGGCCAGUGAUGGCGGCGCAGGUGGAGUCGGUGGCUGCAGAGCCCGGCGGUCGAAGCGGCCCUGGCAGAGUCUUCGGGCUCGAUCGGGAGCAGCCCUUCCUAGGAGCCUGUAGUCCUCACGCCGGAAACGCUGCCCUCCUGCCUUGGCGGGCAGACAGGCUCAGGAGGACUCACGGAUAAGGCGGACCCGACCGGGAGAAAAAGAACUGGAGCGUUGCAGCGGCCAUUCUACAAGUGGGCCCUCAGGCAGUGCUUUCAGGAAAGAAGCGGGUUUCAUUCACCAGGCACUUACUGAGGGCCCACUGAAUGCCAGGCCUCUACUGGAUGGAGGGACUAGACGACAGUCCUGCCCUCCAGGACCUCUGUCUACCGGAGAAUGCUGAUGUAAACAUAAGAUUACAGGCACGUGAUAAAGGAGGAGGAGCCUACUGGUCCUGGGGACUAAUUGAGCUACUAAGGCCAGCAGCUCCCACACCCCCAAGACCACAAGGGACUUGGCCCUGUCAGAGGAGCUUUUGUUAGGGGCCCAGGGUUCUGAGCUGGUUGUUCGAAGGCCUUCGAAACAACUGAACAAAAACGAUGGCAGGGGUAACAUUCACCUCUGGUCUCAGGAUCCCAGCCUGCUAUGCUAAUUCUCCACUGCACCAUCAUCACUACCACCAUCCAUCCACAGGCAGAGGGUGAAGGGUCAUUUCUAGGAGCAACCCUCCCACAGUAGUCAAGGGCCCUAGCAGAAGUUCUGGCACAAACUACAGGUUCAGUAAAUAUUCAUUCAAUACAUUUCUUGCCUUCCUUGUCACAUUCCCAAACUAUCUAACUAUCUGGUUCCUAAAGAUAUAAUAGGGGUUGAGCUAAACUGAACUGUGGAGAGUAGGAUGCAAAUUAAGGGCUGCAGUUUUGCUAUGGGCUACACUGUUUUCUUUAAUCAAAGGGUUGUAAUUUGCAUACCUGCAUUUGCUCCCACUAGACUACCAGCCCCUAAAGGGCGAAAUCACUUCUCUGUCUUUACCUGUUUGCCCCCAGUCCUAAUUAGAGUGUGUUCUUUCCAUCUUUCCUGGGGUGGAACUAUGGGACUAGGGAACUUGUUAAGUCAGUUAAAUGUUUGUUGUUUGUUUCCCUUUUUUAAAAAAUUUAAUCUAAUUUAAUUAUCAUUAUUAUUAACUUUAUUUCAUUUUUUUUAGAGAGUGCAAAGAGGGACAGAGGGAGAAAGAGAAUCCUAAGCAGGCCCCAUGCUCAUUGCUGAGCCAGAUGUGGGGCUCGAUCCCACAAUCCUGGGAUUAUGACCUGAACCAAAAUCAAGAAUCGGAUACUCAACUGAUUGAGCCCCCCAGGCGCCCCAUUUAUUUCUCUUUUAAAUGAGGAGAGGGAAGAGUGUAGGAAUUCAUCCGUGUAGACCUAGUCAGUGGGACAUGAGUAAAGAGAGCAGUCUUUUGGGGCGCCUUGGGAUUCUGCUGGCUUGUGAGCUCUCUCUCAAAAUAAAUAAAUAAACUUAAAAAAAUAAAAGAGGGUAGUCUUUUAAAAUAGUACUUGUAGUACUUGUAACAGUUGGCUUAUACAUCUCAUAUUUAGGACCUCAGAACUUCAAGGUGUUCUCAGGGACUGGGGGAAGAGAGACAUUUUCCCAGGGUGCUAGGGUGGCUAGGCUUUCCCUCAGAGUUGUUCUUUAUCAAGGAGCAGUUGUGUGGACUUUUUUCUGUUUGUCCUCAGUACAGUCUCCUGGUAUCAUUUCUGUUCUCCAGAGGUAAGGUAUGAACUAUGCCCCAUUCAUGGGCUUAAGUCUCUGAUUUCCAGUAAUCUCUCAACCUGGAAACUAAUUAUGCAGCUGUCUUCCUUGCUUAAUGGAUUCUCUUUCCAGCUUCAGAAUGAAUUCAGUGGGGAAGAAGGCUGGGCCAAGCCCCUUGGCAUCUGGGAUCUGGGCUUGAAACUUGGGUGGUGUUAACAGCUUAGCUGGGUCUGGCUCUGUUUUAGGCCAGGAGCCAACUCAGGCCUUGCGUUGUCCUAGGUCGAGCCCCUCGGGGACGCUUGGCCAAUCAGAUCCCCCCUGAGAUCCUGAACAACCCCCACCUGCAGGCAGCCAUUCAAGUCUUGCCUUCCAACUAUAACUUUGAGAUUCCCAAGACCAUCUGGAGGAUUCAACAGGCUCAGGCCAAGAAGGUGGCCUUGCAAAUGCCUGAAGGCCUUCUCCUUUUUGCCUGCACCAUUGUGGAUAUCUUGGAAAGGUUCACAGAGGCCGAAGCGAUGGUGAUGGGUGAUGUGACGUAUGGGGCCUGCUGUGUGGAUGACUUUACUGCAAGGGCCCUGGGAGCUGACUUCCUGGUGCACUAUGGCCACAGCUGCCUGGUUCCCAUGGACACCUCGGUCCAAGACUUCCGGGUGCUGUACGUCUUUGUGGACAUCCGGAUAGAUACUACCCACCUCCUGGAUUCUAUCCGCCUCACCUUCCCCCCAGCCAGUUCCCUUGCCUUGGUCAGCACCAUUCAGUUUGUGUCAACCUUGCAGGCAGCUGCCCAGGAGCUGAAAGCUGAGUAUCGUGUGAGUGUCCCACAGUGCAAGCCCCUAUCUCCUGGGGAGAUUCUGGGCUGUACGUCCUCCCACCUGCCCAAAGAGGUGGAGGCUGUUGUAUAUCUUGGAGAUGGCCGCUUCCAUCUGGAGUCUGUCAUGAUUGCUAACCCUAGUGUCCCCGCUUACCGAUAUGACCCAUACAGCAAAGUCUUAUCCAGAGAGCACUAUGACCACCAGCGCAUGCAGGCCAACCGCCAAGAAGCCAUAACCAUAGCCCGCUCAGCUAAAUCCUGGGGCCUUAUCCUGGGCACUUUGGGCCGCCAGGGCAGCCCCAAGAUUCUGGAGCACCUGGAAUCUCGGCUCCAAGCCUUGGGACUUCCGUUCAUGAGGCUGCUGCUCUCUGAGAUCUUCCCCAGCAAGCUUAGCCUGUUUCCUGAGGUGGAUGUGUGGGUGCAGGUGGCAUGUCCACGCCUUUCCAUUGACUGGGGCACAGCCUUCCCCAAGCCACUGCUGACACCCUAUGAGGCAGUGGUGGCCCUGAGGGACAUUUCCUGGCAGCAACCCUACCCCAUGGACUUCUAUGCCGGCAGUUCCUUGGGGCCGUGGACAGUGAACCACGGACGGAACCGCCCCCCCCAGGCCCUGGGCCGGCCGUCGCUGACGAAGAUGCAAAUGCAGGAGGAGCCCACGCGCCCUACUCCAGCAGCGGCCUGCGACGAUUGCAGCUGCAGAGAAGAAAAGGGAGCGCCUCUCAUUCCGUAGACCCUCCUUGGUCUCAGAGCCCUGCCUUCCGGAGGAGCAGCCUCGAGGCUGGUGGUUUUCAGAACAGGAAGCAGACGUUUUCAACGCCCUGAGCCAUCCCACAGUGUGCAGAG